AUGGAUGCCCCGCCGCUGCAAGAAAAACCCCCGGGCGCCGCCCCCGUGACCGAUGGCCGCGCGCGCAACCCCCUCGGUAACAGUUGGCGGCGGCGCGCCCAGGCCGGCGCCGCCGCCCGCUUGAUUGACCGGCGUAGCGCAAGAGCGGCCCAAGUCCGUGGCAGUGGCGGCGGCGGCGGCGGCGGCGGCGGUGGCGCCCCGCUAGCGGCGGGCGUCGCGCUUAAAGGCGAACCUCCGCGGGCCCUGGCAACACGUGGCCGCCGGCCGCUCGCACUGCCUGCCUCCGGACCACCGUCGCGCGCAUCUCAUUACAAGGGCCGGGCGCCGAGUUUACGGGAGGGCGCAGUCGCCUCCGGUGCGCCCGGGCGCCACCCCUGCCUGCCGCCAGUAAAUCAGCUGGGAAGAGCCGCGGCCGGCGCUGCAGAGGGUGGGUCGGGGGCGGCGCGGCCGGCCCCGCAAUUACAACAGCAGCGGCACUCAGUCCGCAAUCUUCGUGUCAACGCGCCGCCGCGCAGCUGUCAUUACGGGGGCCGGCGCGGCUAUCGCUUUCCUAAUUGA